GAGAGAGAGAGAGAAGAAAUUUGAAAAUGGGAGUGGCCGUUUGAAUUGAAUUGAAAGCCUUCAAAACAAAAAAACAAAAGCUUCAUUCAUUACUAUCAACAAAUAAGAAAUCAAUGCAACCCAACAAAUCCACAUUCAUUAACUAACCACUACUCACAACUCAGAAGAGAGAGAGAGAGAGAGAGAGAAAUGCCGGGGUUAGUGAUGGUAACGAGAGGCGGCGGAUGCGGUGGAGGAGGGAAGAGAGCGAGACCUGAUGCUACGGCGGCGGAAGAAGAAGAGCAGAGACAGCUGUCACUAGUGGCGUUAUUGAUAGCGGCGCUGAGAAAAUCUAUGGUGGCUUGCAGAGUAGACAGACCAUCAGAAGAAGUGAUCUCCACUGUCCAUCAUAAUCACCAGAUGGAGAUCGGAUGGCCGACAGACGUCCAGCACAUCACACAUGUAACGUUUGAUCGAUUCAAUGGCUUCCUCGGUCUCCCUCUUGAGUUCCAAGUUGAGAUCCCCGGUCGCGUUCCCAGUGCUAGUGUGAGUGUGUUUGGGGUCUCAGCAGAAUCUAUGCAGUGUUCUUAUGAUUCCAAAGGAAACAGUGUCCCCACUAUUCUAUUGCUAAUGCAGGACCGUUUAUACUCACAAGGAGGCUUAAAGGCUGAAGGUAUAUUUCGGAUAAAUCCGGAAAAUAGUCAAGAGGAGCAUGUGAGGGAUCAGUUAAACAGAGGCAUUGUGCCGGACAACAUCGAUGUCCAUUGCUUGGCCGGGCUAAUUAAAGCCUGGUUCCGGGAGCUUCCUUCGGGGAUACUAGAUGGACUCUCACCAGAGCAAGUUCUUCAGUGCAACACGGAAGAAGAGUCCGUUGAGCUCGUGAAGCAGCUAAAGCCAACGGAGUCUGCAUUGCUCAGCUGGGCUAUUGAUCUCAUGGCUGAUGUUGUGGAAGAGGAGGAGUGUAACAAAAUGAAUGCUAGAAAUAUUGCAAUGGUUUUUGCCCCAAACAUGACUCAGAUGUCUGAUCCUCUAACUGCCCUGAUGCAUGCGGUUCAAGUGAUGAACUUGCUCAAGACACUGAUAAUGAAGAAUCUAAGAGAACGUGAAGAAACCACAACCGGAUAUUCUCCCAUGUCAUUUCGCUCAUCGAAUCACCAGUCCGAGGAAGAAUAUGACAGUCAGCGAGAAACAGACACCAGUGGUGAAUUGAGAGGGACUAAGUCGGAUUAUAACGAUCAUCACCCUCACUAUAGCCAUAGCAGUGAAGGGGAGGAAGAAAGGGAGGCUGAAUCUUUAAGCGAGAUUGAAGAAUGCUUCUUGAAGCAGUUGGAUGAUGAUAACACAAAAGGGUUCUCACAACAAGAACCUUCAGGCUAUUUGCAAGAGUACAUUAACCCUAUAAGUUGUUGCUCAGGUUUUAGCAUCAAAUCCAUUGCAUCAAUUGCCGACGGAACCAUAAAUUCCAGCUUGAGUUCCAUUGAUGGAGAAAGGUUGAGGACAAGGGUGGCUGCCGUGAGCUCAAACAUUGAAAAAAGCAGCCCGUCAAUAGAAUGUACAGGAACCAAUGACGUGAAGAUGAUUGAUAAGUUUUCCGAUUCUGCUCCGCCGCUGCUUGCAUCUAGUUGAAAAACUGGAUUUCAUUUCAGUAGGUUUUUUCAAGAGACAUGUCAUGUAUAUUCACAUUUGCCUCCCACAUUCAAUGGCCACACACCUUCCUCCCAUGUAAUAGAAAAGAGAGGUGUGUUAGCUUAGUGUAUGAGACAGAAUGAGUAUACGAAACAUUCUCUUUUCUAAGUUCCUUGUUUCAUAUUUUGUCUCAACAAGCAGGUUUUGUUUGUGUAAAUUUUAAUACAUGAAGUAGGAACUGUAUGGCUUGUUGUGGAUUGUUGGAAGGUUACUGUGUUCAGCUUAGGCUGAAUUUGACCUUGUUCUGUAUGUUCAAAAAGUACUAGACAACUCUAACCAUGACAAAUUUCACUUCUGUGAAAAGUUGUAAGAUUGAUGAAUUCCAUGGAAAUAGGCAUAAUGAUGUAGGUCUAA